ACUCUGCUGCCAUCUGUUGGUCAGCUGGAGAACUGCAGUACUGGCGUCAUGGUGAAGGAUGUUUCGAAAGGUCAAGAAGCGCCACAGCAGCAGCAGCUCUCAGAGCAGUGAGAUCAGCACUAAAAGCAAGUCUGUAGAUUCCAGUUUGGGAGGCUUGUCUAGGUCAAGCACAGUCGCCAGCCUUGACACCGACUCCACCAAAAGCUCAGGUAAUGCUGUGUCUGAGACCUGUGCUGAGUUCAGGGUGAAAUAUGUGGGAGCCAUUGAGAAGCUGAAUUUUGAGAUGAGCAAAACCCUCCAGGAGCCUCUAGACCUCAUCAACUUCAUUGAUGCAGCUCAACAAGAUGGAAAACUUCCAUUUGUGCCUGGAGAUGAGGAGAUGAUUCUGGGAGUGUCCAAGUAUGGAGUCAAAGUGGCCUCAUUGGACCAGUGUGAUGUGCUUCACCGUCACCCGCUCUACCUGAUAGUGCGGAUGCUUUGCUACGAUGAUGGUCUGGGCACAGGGAAAAACCUGCUAGCACUGAAAACCACUGAUGUCAAGCAGCAGGAGUGCAGCAUCUGGGUUUAUCAGUGCAGCAGUGCGGAGCAAGCCCAGGCCAUCUGCAAAGUACUGUCCACCUCAUUUGACUGUGCCCUGGCCUCAGAGAAAUCCUGAGGUCAAUUUGGGAGCUCUCUGUUUCUUCCACCCUUAUUCAUUCCUAGGAGGGAAGGAAGAGUUGGAGCAGGCCUGUGGAAGUCCUGUGGUUUCUGGAGUGUUUUUUAUUUUUAUUUCUCCAUAUGUGUGUGAUGGUGAUUUUGUUUUUUGUUUAGCAUAAAAGGACAAACAUCUCUACCAUGUUUACACCAUAGUCAUUACUCUGUUUUCCAUCCCUUUCUACCCCCCACCCCCGAAUGUGUCCCUCCCUACUAUAUAGUAUGCAGAAAGCAGUACUUCAAGUUUUAAACAAAUUCUAAAACCGUAGGAGAGAAAAACAUGUAUGAACUAAACUACUGCAUCUGCUGAGAUUCUGAAGUGUGCAUCCACUGGACACUGUACUAUCCCAUAAGAACACGAAAAAAUACUGAAAUUAAAAAAUGGCGGAGAUCCGAGUGGCUGUAAGUGCAAGUGCUAUAUAUACCAAGAAAUUUGUUCCAUACUGUUUGAGAAAAAAAAAAAUAUAUUUUUGUGGUCAUUGUUUGGACAUCAUACAGUGGGGUCACAGAACAAUGUCUACGUUCCUAUUUGAAGUAUGUCCCAAAAAGUAUUUAUACCACAUACCUAAAGAACAUACUUUGAUAAUGGUCAAAAGUAUGUUUAUCAUAAAAUGCAGUACACACUCUGAAAGUACAGGAAUUUGGACACUGCUGAUGUCUCCCUUACCGGACAAACCCGUUGCAGGCAUGUGAUUAGGUACACAUCCAAAAUGAAUACUGUUGGGUGGCCUCCAGGUACAGAGUUGGGAAACACUGCUCUACUCCGAACAUCCCCAUCAUAAUGCAAAGGUCCAGCAAUCAAGUUUGGGCUGUGUCUAUUUUUGUAAUCUAAUUUAAUCUUAUUUAAUGUAAAUACAGUAACAUCUGAGCACAUGUCCAAUAUGGGCCAGUAAAUCUGUGAUUUCAGAGAACUUUGUGGAAUUUGUGUAAACUAUGGUACAUUAAUGUCAAUGUGGAACAAAGGGAGUUGUUCAUCAAAGAUGCUGUAAACACCAGACCCUCUGCACCCUGUAUAUGUAGAGGUUGUAAUGGCUCGUAUUACAAUCAGCGCUGUUUGUCAAAUCUGCCCCUCUUCUGUCCUUCUCCAAUGCUCUGGUCCAGAUGGGAUCAGUUAAUACGGUACAAUAAAGCAAUGC